GUGUACCUCGUUCUCCUCUUCCUCAUCGCCAUCGCCAUUUUUCUCUUUUCGUCCUCUUCAAAUUCCACCACUUCUCACCAAUCCUUUCUUCGCUGCCUCCUCGAUGACCACCAUAUUCCGCCUAGUAUGAUCACCACCCGAGACUCAAACAGUUUUAGCUCCCUCCUGAAUUUUUCCAUCCAAAAUCCAAGAAUCUAUGGAAAUACUUACCCAACCUUGAUCGUAUCACCAACUAGCGAAUCGCAUGUUCAGCAUGCUAUUACAUGCGCGAAGAAGCAUAGAAUCCACAUGAGAGUUCGUAGUGGUGGCCACGAUUACGAGGGCCUAUCCUAUACAUCUACUUUAGGCCCUUUCAUCCUCCUCGAUCUCUUCAAUCUUCGAUCAAUCAGCAUCGAUGUGACUAGCAACACGGCUUGGGUCCAGUCAGGUGCGACCCUAGGUGAAUUGUACCAUGCAAUAUCCGAAAAGGCAGGGCCUAACGUCGCGUUCCCCGCGGGGGUGUGCCCAACGGUGGGAAUCGGCGGUCAUCUGAGUGGUGGGGGCCUCGGAACCCUAGUCAGGGCGUUCGGGCUGGCAGCCGAUCAGGUUGUUGAUGCUCGACUUGUCAACGCUAAUGGUGAGAUUCAGAACAGGAAGUCGAUGGGCGAGGGUCUGUUCUGGGCUAUUAGAGGAGGCGGUUGUUGUUUCGGUAUCAUUUUAUCGUUUAAGGUCACGUUGGUGCAGGUUCCUCCGAACGUUACGGUCUUUAGCGCGAGCAGAACACUGAAUCAGGGCGCGACUAAGCUAGUUACAAAGUGGCAAAAUGUCGCUCACGAGCUUGAUCGCAGGCUCUUCAUCAGGGUCGUGCUCGUGCCCGACGAAGACGAGGAGGGAAGCAAAACAGUGAAGGCCACCUUCAAUUCCUUGUUCCUCGGUUCGAAAGCCGAGUUACUUCCCUUGAUGGGAGUCAGUUUCCCGGAACUCGGGUUGCGGGAGGAGGACUGCACCGAGAUGAGUUGGAUCAAGAGCGUACUGUACUUCUCAGGCUACUUGUCAGGGGGAAAGAAUGAGAGCGCCCUCACGGAGAGGGGGGUUGUCGACCCUUUCUUCGCGCCGUUCAAGGCGAAGUCGGAUUUCGUCAAGGAGCCGGUUUCCGAGCAAGGGUGGGACAACAUAUGGAAGUGGUUUUCCGAGGAGAAUGAGUUCUUGAUCGUGAUACUCGACCCUUUCGGAGGUCGGAUGGAUGAGAUUUCGGAAUCCGAAACUCCUUUUCCGCAUAGAAACGGGAGUUUGUACAACUUGCAGUACAUGGUGAAGUGGGAUGUCGCCGAAGGAAGUGAGCUCACGGGUAAGCAUUUGAACUGGACGAAGAGAUUCUAUGAGUUCAUGGCUCCCUACGUUUCGAAAAAUCCUAGAGCUGCUUAUUAUAACUAUAGAGAUUUGGAUUUGGGGAGGAAUGAAGAGGGGGCGAAUAGUUAUUUGACGGCAAAUGUUUGGGGGAGGAGAUAUUUUAAGGAUAAUUUUAGGAGGUUGGCUGAGGUGAAGUCCGAAGUUGAUCCUGAUAACUUUUUUAGGAAUGAGCAAAGUGUACCUCCCCUCUUUCACUCUGGUAAAUGA